CUGCAAAUCUGCCUCGGCAAACAAGGAGAUUUCUGUGCUGGAGGAGGAGGAAAUUUUAUUUAUACCUCGGGAGGUGUUUCCGCAGUGAGCCGCAGGACGGCGGCGGGCGCAGGGUCCGCGAGCCGCGCCGAAAGAUGCCAGCGAGCCUCUCCACGGCGCUGCGCGUGGUGGGGACCAGCCUCUUCGCCCUGGCGGUGCUGGGGGGCAUCCUGGCCGCCUACGUCACCGGCUACCAGUUCAUCCACACGGAGAAGCACUACCUCUCCUUCGGGCUGUACGGCGCCAUCCUGGCGCUGCACCUCUUCAUCCAGAGCCUCUUCGCCUUCCUGGAGCACCGGCGCAUGCGGGGCGCGGGGCAGCCGGGGCGCCCGGGCCGCUCCGUGGCCCUCUGCAUCGCUGCCUACCAGGAGGACCCCGACUACCUGAAGAAGUGCCUGCGCUCCGCCAAGCGCAUCGCCUUCCCCGGCCUCAAAGUGGUCAUGGUGGUGGACGGCAACGGCCCCGACGAUGCCUACAUGCGGGACAUCUUCCACGAGGUCAUGGGCUCCGAGCGGGCCGGCAGCUACGUCUGGAGGAGCAACUUCCACGCGCGGGGCGAGGGGGAGACGGAGGCCGGGCUGCGGGAGGGGCUGGCGCGGGUCCAGGCGCUGGUGCGCGGCACCACCUACUCCUGCGUCCUGCAGAAGUGGGGCGGGAAGCGCGAGGUGAUGUACACGGCCUUCCGGGCGCUCGGCGACUCCGUCGACUACAUCCAGGUGUGUGACUCAGACACGGUGCUGGACCCCGCCUGCACCACCGAGAUGCUCCGCGUCCUGGAGGCCGACCCCCGCGUCGGCGGCGUCGGCGGCGACGUCCAGAUCCUGAACAAGUACGACUCGUGGAUCUCCUUCCUGAGCAGCGUGCGCUACUGGAUGGCCUUCAACGUGGAGCGCGCCUGCCAGUCCUACUUCGGGUGCGUGCAGUGCAUCAGCGGGCCCCUGGGCAUGUACCGCAACGCCCUCCUGCAGCACUUCCUCGAGGACUGGUACCACCAGACCUUCCUGGGCAGCAAGUGCAGCUUCGGGGACGACCGGCACCUGACGAACCGCGUCCUCAGCCUGGGCUACCAGACCAAGUACACGGCCCGCUCCAAGUGCCUGACGGAGACGCCCACCCGCUACCUGCGCUGGCUCAACCAGCAGACCCGCUGGAGCAAGUCCUACUUCCGCGAGUGGCUCUACAAUGCCCUGUGGUUCCACAAGCACCACCUCUGGAUGACCUACGAGUCCGUGGUGACCGGCUUCUUCCCCUUCUUCCUCAUCGCCACCGUGAUCCAGCUCUUCUACCGCGGGCGUAUCUGGAACAUCCUCCUCUUCCUCCUGACGGUGCAGCUGGUGGGCAUCAUCAAGGCCACGUACGCCUGCUUCCUCCGGGGCAACGCCGAGAUGAUCUUCAUGUCCCUCUAUGCCCUGCUCUACAUGUCCAGCCUGCUGCCCGCCAAGAUGUUCGCCAUCGCCACCAUCAACAAGUCGGGCUGGGGCACGUCGGGGCGCCGGACCAUCGUGGUCAACUUCGUGGGGCUGCUGCCGGUGUCGGUGUGGGUGGCCGUGCUGCUGGGCGGGCUGGCCUACACCGCCUACAGCCAGGACCUCUUCAGCGAGACCGAGGUGGCCUUCCUCGUCUCAGGCGCCAUCCUCUACGCCUGCUACUGGGUGGCCCUGCUCAUGCUCUACCUGGCCAUCGUGGCCCGGCGCUGCGGUAAGCGGCAGGAGCAGUGCGGGCUGGCCUUCGCCGAGGUGUGAGCGCGGGGCGCGGGAGGGGCGCACGGCUCCUGUCUUGCUGCUGUGUUUUUUUUU